CUAGCGGAUGAAAGCGGAUGGAAGUGGAUGACAGCUCCGAAGGGGUUACCGGUGAUAACUGAGAAGCGGACGCAUAGCAGAAAGAGCGGAUGCAUAGCGGAUGAAGGGGAUGCAUCACGUACGCCUAACGGAAACAAAGGGGAUGUUGCGCGGAUGUAUAUCGGAUGCAGACCGUUCACUGUGCAUGCGGGGGGUAUGAAUUGCGUCUGCUCCGCGGAUAUAAAGGGAUGCAGCACGCACGCCGUCAGCAUAAAGCGGAAAGACGUGCUGGCGGCUACAUCGAUACAUCUCUACUACAUCUCGUUUUUGAAGAAGGCUACAUUGAUACAUCUCUACUACAUCUUGUAUCAACACCAUGGUGCGUCAGUCAGGCAAGAAAAGGAAGUCCGUGCCUACUCGUUCAAGCCCUGGCAAGGUGAAGAAGCUGCAGCGGAUGUGAGUUGCGAGGAUGCCCAGAGGAUGCAGAGAGGAUACAGCAGACGUUUAACGGAUGAUAACGGACAUAGAACGUUUGUUGCUCGUAUAUGUCGCGGAUUUACAUCGUACACGGCGGAAAGUUCAUCCGUUCUAAAAGUUUUGUGCAGCUCAAAACUUUUUGCGCGGAUGAAAUCACAGUGGACGGAUGCUCGAUGGAUAGAGCGUAUGAAGCACGUAUGCAAUGAGUACACAACGGAUGCAUAGCGUUUUCCAACGGAUGGCAAAGAUUUUUUUACGUUUUACAUCCUCUUUGC